UGUGUAGCUUCCACACAGACGGCCUCGCUCUUUUUAGUCAUCAUAAAAUAAUCCUAAAAUCUCGUUUUGAAUUCUGUUUCACAUCUGAGACACUCCAGUCCAGUUCCGUUCUGACUCCAGUCAGCGGUAAAGACCCGUGAAGGCUCGGAAGGAGCCGAAAGGACGCGGAGCGCCUCAGAAUGAUGAACUACUCAGACUACGACUCGGAUGGUUAUUCAUCCAACGAGGAUGCAGACUACGUCCCGUCAGAUGAUAACCUCAGUGAAGACGACAUCAAUGAGUGUGAAAAGGAAGACCCUCUUCAUGAAGACGACACCGUCCCUCAUCCCGGCGACGUGAGCCGCAAGAAAAAGAAGAAGAAGGACGUUGGCAUGAGGAAGAGGAAGAAAGGAGUCCUGAAAGUGGACGUGGAUGAGAAGGAGGGCGGUGGAGUCGAAGAAGCAGAGCCGUCGCAGCAGGAGGCGGAUCGGCCCGUUGAGAAGGAGGAGGAGGACGACGUGAAACAGAAGAAGAAAUCAGACGAUCUCUGGGCCAGUUUCCUCUCCGACGUCGGUACCAGGCCCAAAGAGUCUGGAGCGGCUUCACAGUCAGGCUCCACUCCCAAGCCCGAGACCUCAGUCUUGAAAGAUGCUCCAGCGAGUGCACGAACGAAAGCGCCAGAGCCGGCGGCUAAAGUCACCAUCACCAAAGUGUUCGACUUCGCUGGAGAGGAAGUCAGGGUGAAUAAAGAAGUGUCUGCAGACUCCAGGGAGGCAAAGAGUUACAUGAAGAAAGAGAGCAGCGCGCAGGAGGAGGACAAAGACGAAGACAAAGAGCAGAGCUCGUCACACAGCCAAGUUCCUCCUGGGCCCAGCGCGAAGCGUCCGCCGGGCCUCUCGGGCCUCCUGGGCCGGAUCGGCGGCAAGAAACCAAAAAUGAGCACACUGGAGAAGUCAAAGAUGGACUGGGACGCUUUCAAAUCGGAAGAGGGCAUCACGGAGGAGCUGGCCAUUCACAACCGGGGCCGAGACGGGUAUGUGGAGCGGAAAAACUUCCUGGAGCGUGUGGAUCAUCGGCAGUUCGAGUUGGAAAAAGCAGUGCGACUAAACAACAUGAAGCGAUGACCGACUGACACAAACACAACACAAUAACCCCCCAGUAGCCCCGCCCCCUUUCCCUCUGUAUUUAGUGAUAUUCCUCAGGAAAAGGCAGCUCUGGACUCUUCGUUUCGGGACAUUUCCAGUCUCAGUGUGUUGUGGGAUGGGUUCCUCGGCUUCCCGUCCUCCUGUCAGAGCGUCCAGUCUUCGGGAAGCGAGGACGCCGCCGACGAAUCUGCUUUUUCCACGGACUGAUUUAAGGAGUUUUUCAGCAGCGCUCGCUCUCGGCAGGGUGAAUCUGAUUAAAACAAACUCUGGUGUGAACUGUGUGUGCCAUCAUUUAAACUUGUCAUUAUUUCAGUACAUUUUCCAGAAGGUUAAAUUAAAGACGGUCUGAAGUUUAAAUAUUAUAAUAUAGAAUAGGAUUUUGUCUUGAAGUAAAUGUCAGUCUCUACAUUAAACUACUUCCUUUUCAAAAUGUCUUGUGAACGGGAAACUUUUCUGAAAUGUGGAAACAAUGCAUAUUCACUGAAGCCUUGUUGUAUGAAUAGGAUUUAACUCUAAAUGGUUCGUCUGCUUGUGCAUUCAGUCACUUUGGAUGUGCAGGAAUAUAAUCUCUGAGCUGGAUUCAGUUUUAUUUAUGGAGUUAAAGUUAAUCCAAAGGUUGCAAUCAGUAAU